AUGUCCGCGGGGGCCGCCUUUUAUAGCCGCGUUGUGCACCCAGCCCAGCUCGGCCGCGCCACCCAGCUCGGCUGCCAGUGUGCCACCCCGGCGGACGUGUACUCCCCGGGAUUGAGCGGGCGUGCUGCUUUUCUCACAGAAAUGGCGAACGGAUCAAUUCCCCUCUUCGUCGUCGCUAUCCUCCUCAGUGCAGCUCAUCUGGGUGCAGCGCACACGAGCAACAGCAAGCAACCGGGACGGCACAUGCUGCAAUUCGGUUUCAACGGUGCUGCUUAUGCUAGACCCGCCAACAGCCGCUGCCUGGUGGGGCCUGGCUGUGGCGAGGAUAGGAACAGGGAUUCCUCUCCAACCCCUGUACCUACAGGCCGCCAUCUCCUCAGCACAGUCAGCAAUGCUGAUAUCUCAGAUGCAGCUUCCAUUGGCAGCAACGAAAACAUGGGCCGCCAGAUCCUGCAAACCGGGUUCAACGGCGCGGCCUUUGCCAGGCCCCAGAGAAACCCAAGUGACAGUUCCAACCCCAGCCCCGGUAACGCCGGCACUGGCCGCCAUCUGCUGCAAGAGCUCACUGGCCUCAACUGAGACAGUUCCAACUGACCAGAUCUGUGAUUGCGGUAUCAAGAUGGAGUUUUUGUCAAGGCCAUAAAUGAAUGUGAUGUCCCAAGCCAACCAGCUGUGCUCCUGUGAUGAGCAGCAGCUUCCUACAGCGGGCUGUUGAGUUGAGCCUACGCAACCAGGAUUAUGAAUGUCAGCUGUCCCAUCUGAGUAUCCUGGAAUAAAUUGACAUGUUUGCAAUGCAAUUUUGGCUGUCCAUCUGGGUGGUGGAUUGUUUUCUCCUCACUUGGCCACUUUCGGCCCUGACACUGAGAUCUGUUGUUUGUUUAUGUUCCAUGAUAAUUUAGUUGGAUUCAAUCGAUUGAUGCACUUAUUCUGCGUUCACUUUGCCAGGUCCAUGCCUUGCUUGGGGUCACACCACAUGUUUGAAGCAAUUGCUUCCUGGGUACUCGGAUUAUGCCUCAUUAAUGAUACCUCAGUUACUCGAUUGCCUGGACAAUGAAUGAUUGAUUGAUAUAAUGGAAGACACACUUCCAGCCAGGUGGCUUGGUACAAGACCAGAC